GCCGAGUCCCGGGCCGGGCGCCACCCACGUGUCCGAGAGCGCCGGUCUCUCCGGGCGGGCACGCCGUGCCAGCGCGCGGGGCGAACGGCCGGGCAGCCCGAGCCGCAGGGGGCGGGCCCCCGCAGAGCCGGCGGGCGGCGGGACUGCAGUGCCCCCGAGCCCGCGCCCCCCACUCGCACGCCCCGCGCGCACACGCCCGCGCACACGCUCCAACGGGAGCCUGGCCCCGAGUGCGGGGCGCGCUGCCGCGAUGGCUUCUGCGCUCCACGGCCAAAGCCACGCUCCGGGGGGCGCCGGCUGGAGGAUGGACUGCGACGACCCCGACAUGCACGUGAAGAUGUGCAAGAAGAUCGCCCAGCUCACCAAGGUGAUCUACGCCCUGAACACGCGGCAGGACGAGGCGGAGGCCAGCCUGGAGGCGCUGCGGGAGGCGCACCAGGACGAGCUGCAGCGCGCGGCGGGCGCGGGCGAGGCGGCGCUGCGGGAGCGCGUGCGGGCGCUGGAGAGCGCGCUGGAGCUGCAGACGCGCCGCACGCAGGAGGCGCUGGCGCAGUCGGCCUCGUGCCGCCUGCAGAGCCACGAGCGCGAGCUGCGGGCCGAGGCCGAGCACGCCGAGCGCGUGCUCACGCUCUCGCAGGAGAUGCUGCAGCUCAAGGCCGACUACGAGAAGCGGCUGCGGCACCUGGGCGGCCCCGAGCCCCCGCCGUGGGGCGGGCGGCCGUCCCAGGACAGCCCCGAGCCGCAGGCCGAGCCGGGCCGCGACGACCCCGGCAUGCGCGAGGUGCUGCAGGAGGUGGAGCGCCUGCGGGGCGAGAACCAGCAGCUGAGCAGGGACUACGCGCGCAAGGCCGAGGAGCUGCAGGCCACCUACGAGCGCGAGAACGAGGCCAUCCGCCGGGCCAUGCAGCAGUCGGUGAGCGAGGCGCUGUGGCAGUGGCAGGAGAAGGAGACCGACCUCCGCAGGAACUUCCAGGUGCAGGAGUCGGCGCUGCAGGCGCAGGUGCGCAAGCUGGAAGGCGACCUGGAGCACCGCGGCCGCAAGAUCAGCGACCUGAAGAAGUACGCCCAGAAGCUGAAGGACAGGAUCCAGGACCUGGACGUGCAGCUCAAGGAGGCUCGGCAGGAGAAUUCCGAGUUGAAGAGCACCGCCAAAAAGCUCGGGGAGAAGCUGUCGGUGGCCAAAGACAGGCUGCUGCUGCGGGAGUGUCACGUGACCCAGAAACCAGAUGACACGAAGACACAGCCGUUCCCCGAGCAUAACGUCCCGGGAGAAGCAACUGACGCGGAACCCAGCAGCCCCCCUCCUCAGCAGGACCCGAACUUCCUGCCGGAGUGUUCGUGCGUGAAAGGAGACCCCGAAGGGCAGGGAACCCAGGACGAGGCCUCUGUGGAGACGGAGUCCGUGAAGCAGCAGUACGAGGAAGACCUGCGCAAGAUCAAGCAGCAGACGGAAGAGGAGAAGGAGCGUCUCCGAGAGCAGCUGGUGCGGCGGCUGGAGGAGCUGGUCAAGAAGCACGCGCGGGAAAUCAAGUCUGUGCGCUCCUCGGGGGAGGCCGAGAGGAGGAAGCUGCAGAGGGAAGUAGAAGCCAAGCUGGAGGAGGUGACGAAGAAGUCAGAGAAUCGAGUCAAGCAACUGGAAGAAGAGAAAGCAGCCCUGAAUGCGAAGCUUCAGAACUCUCUGCUGGAAGUUUUACGACUGGAAGAACUGAUCCAGCAGAAGCAGAUACAGUCCCUUCGAGGUGAGGAAAGGGAAGCCGACGCCCAGCACUGCGGCACCGGCUCGACCCAGGACCCAGGCUUGACGCUGAGCCGACCUCCCGAGAAACUGCGCAGCGAAGAAGAGCAAGCGGAGUUGGUAGCGGAGGAAGGAAGCAGCAGUGACGAGGAGGAGAGGACCCGAGCGCCCUUCCGGGGAACAGCUGACCUGCAGGCCACAGCGGACUCUGUGCUGGACCAGCAGGGCCCCGAGCUGCAGGAGUGGCCGAGGCAGAAGGCACAGGCCACAGAAGAGCACCCGGAGAAGGAAGGCAGCCCCAGCGCGAGCACCACGAAGGGUCAGCACCAGGCACAGCCGCGGGAGCUCCAGGCCUCGGAGGCAAAGGCCCCACAGGAGCUGCAGGGGGAGCUGGAGAAGGCGCAGGCGCAGCUGAUCGAGACCCUCCGGAAGGAGCUGGCCGAGCAGCGGGCUGCCUGCUGCCAGCACCGGAAGGACCUGGACGCCCUGCACGCCGAGCGGAGGGCCCGGGCGCCGGGCCACAGUGAGGACCACGCUGGCAGCGCAGAGGAAGGGACGGGCGCCGCUGAGCCGGGCGGCCCCUGGGAGGAGAACGCGCAGCUCAAGGACGCCGUGCGGCGGCUGCGUGCAGAGGUGGAGCAGCACCAGCAGGAGGCGCUGCAGCUCCGCGAGCAACGCAGGCUGCUGGAGGAGGAGCAGCAGGCCCAGCGGGCCCGGGAGGUGGACACGCUGCGCCAGGAGCACCGGAAGGAGAUGCAGGCGCUGGCAGCAGACUUCAGCGGUGCCCAGGCCCGGCUCCAGGCCCGGCUGGCCGCCCUGGAGACGGAACGGAAAGACGCCGGGGAGAAGCCCGCCAAGGGCGCGUCCAGGCCCGAGGACGUGCAGCUCAUCAGCCGCCUGCAGACCCGCCUGAAGGAGCGAGAGGACUUCAUCCGGCAGCUCACGGAGGAGCGCCGAUUCCACUACGCCGCCUUCCCCAGUGCCAUGGCCCACCGCAACCGCUCCUUCUCCUUCAACCCUCAUCCCGGGUACCUCACUCCUUCCAUGAAGAAAAAGAAGCUGGAGGAGGUGCCCAGCCGAGUGGUGAGCGUGCCAAACCUGGCCUCCUACGCCAAGAACUUUCUGAGCGGCGACCUGAGCUCGAGGAUCAGUGCUCCUCCCCUGACCAAGUCCCCCAGCCUGGACCCGAGCCCCAGCGGCGGCCGCCCCUACAAAGCCGCCCAGUCUCCAGACGUGAAAGCUGCCGCCAGGGCACAAGAAGGCGAAACAAGCCAGUCCAAAGAACCCCAGCCAAAGCAGGGCUCGGCCCACCAGGAAUGGUUCACCAAAUAUUUUUCUUUCUAAACACACGCUUGGGAUAUGUCAUGAAGACACUGAAGAAAUUUCCUCUAAAACAUCUGGUGAUCUGAAGCCGAAUGAACCAAAACACCAACCAAAUAACUUGCUUGUUGAUAUGUGACAGUCAAAAAAAGUUGGUAUUAACAUCCCCGACCCCUUCAUUGUGGCACCACCUCAUUAAAGAGAGUGAGUCUUUGACAUGGAGAGAUACCAAACAGUGGCGUUAAGAAAGUACCCAUAGAACAAGGUCAUAGCGUGGCCCAGGAGCCACACGUGUUAUGUCGUGUAAGACUGCCUUCUGUGUUGUGGAAUAUCAGACUUUGUGACGUCCAUCAUCUACCUUAAUGGUGUCAUUUGAUGUUAGGAUCUCAGUCAUCUCCAUGUGAAAAGUCAUUGCUGUGUAAAUGCUAAUGGUUCCAAUAUGUACCUCUAACCUCAAUAGGAAGAAAGAAGAUAAAGUUCAGAAGAACUGGGAAAGCAGAUUAAGAAACCAAACCGAAACUCCAACUACCAAUGGACCGUAACAGGCCUUGCCACACUCAGGUGGGAUCGUUUGACUUCCUGGGCCCAGGGACUGGUCCAUCUGCGAGGGAAUAACACCUACCUCCUUGGGGCCCUGGGGAGAGAAGGCACUGUGCAUGAACUGGAAUGAAAACACUGCCAGGAUUUUUCUGGGGAGAAUCCGUCUCGCCUCACCCCUUCUUGCUUUCAGUGGCUGCAGGUCUCCGUGGUUGCUCAUGGAGCCUCCGAGACGAUCCGUUCCUUGGCGUCAGAGAACUCCAGGGGCCCUCCAGCUUUGGGUUAGGACUUCGGCCUCUCGGUGCAGAGAUGCUCAGUAAACUGCAGCCGGGAGUGUUCUCCCCUGGGGCUGGCCUGCGGUCAGUCGGCACCCACCCGCGGGGCCCCAGUGGCGCUGUGUGAUUUGACGGGUCUCAGCACAGCUUUCUGUCCUCCGUCCUCCGGUGCUGGCGCAGCAGCGGCCUCUCGCCCAGUCUGUGCUGUCCGAAUCCAUGCUCUCUGAAUAAAACUCGAAACUGGGCAGUGAAAUGGUCUUGGUGUGCUUUGGCCCAGCAGAGGAAGGUGAAAUUCAGAAGCCCACAUCAAAUUCAGUCAGAUCACCCUCAAACAAAAAGGAGCUGCUUAUAUGAGUGUAAAUGAAAUGCAAUCAUAACACAACUCGUAAGUGAAAGCUAAAGGGAUUCCAAAAUGCAACAGUUAUCGUGUCAGGUUCG